AUGCCAAUGCAUUUUGGAGAAUUGAAGAAACUUCAAGUACUAAGUACGUUUUGUGUUGAUAGAGAUAGCAAGGUCAUCAAUAUUAAGCAACUUGGAGGACUCAAUCUUCAUGGAAGGCUAUCAAUUAAUGAGGUGCAGAAUAUUGUUAAUCCUUUGGAUGCAUUAGAAGCAAAUUUGAAAAAUCAGCACCUUGUGGAGCUUAAGUUAAAAUGGAAUUUGAAUCACAUCCCCGAUGAUCCAAUGAAAGAAAAGAAAGUGCUUGAGAAUCUACAACCUCCCAAACACUUGGAACUUUUGUCAAUAGAGAACUAUGGUGGUACACAAUUCCCAUGUUGGGUAUUUGAUAAUUCAUUAUCAAAAUUGGUGUCCUUGUGGUUGAAUGACUGUAAAUAUUGCCUAUGUUUGCCUCCCUUUGGACUUUUGUCAUCUCUGAAGAACCUCGAGAUUGGAGGGCUUGAUGGAAUAGUGAGCAUUGGUGCUGAAUUUUGUGGCAGCAACUCUUCUUCAUUCAAAUCUUUGGAAAAAUUGGGAUUCUACAACAUGAAGGAAUUGGAAGAAUGGGAAUGUAAAACUACUUCUUUUCCACGUCUUCAACAUCUAUCUAUCUACAAAUGUCCCAAGCUGAAAGGUCUGCCAGAGCAACUUCUUUAUUUAAAGAGUCUAGAUAUUAAUAGCUGUGAUAAGCUCGUAAUUAGCGUAAACAGCAUGUUCACGUCGUCGCUUCAACUCUUUAGUAUUAUUGUAUCUCCACUUGUGAAUAUUCCUAUGGUCCAUUACGAUUUUCUUGAAGCAAUGGAGAUUAAUAGUUACUGCGACUCUCUUACCAUCUUUCCGCUAGAUCUCUUUCCAAAGCUCCAUUUAAUUCAAUUAAAUAGGUGCCAAAACAUAAGAAGAGUUUCACAGGAGGAGCAUGCUCAUAAUCAUCUCAAGGUACUAAGAAUUAGCGAAUGCCCUCAAUUUGAAUCAUUUCCCAGUGAAGGAUUAUCUGCGCCGUGGCUACAAAUACUUUCAAUUCGAGGAGCGGAGAAUUUGAAGUUGAUGCCAAAAUGUAUGCAAAUCCUACUCCCAUCUCUUACUGAGUUGGAGAUAAUUGAUUGUCCAAAAGUGGAGAUGUUCCCAGAUGAAGGAUUGCCAUCAAAUUUGAAAAAGAUGUCUCUUUCGAGCUUAAAACUUAUCGCCUCCCUUAGAGACACAUUGGGGUCCAAUACAUGUCUUGAAAGCUUGAUUGUUGAAAAGUUGGAUGUGGAGUCUUUUCCCGGUGAAGUUUUGUUGCCACGCUCUCUCACCACUCUACACAUCUUUUUUUGCCUAAAUCUUAAAAAGCUUGACUACGAGGGUCUAUGUAACAUCUCCUCUGUCAUAUAUGUUGGAUGUCCCAACUUCAAUGAAAGAAAAUUACAAAGUUCUUAG